AUGAGUGACCAGGCCCUGAGCUUCCUCAAGGACUUCCUGGCGGGUGGCAUCGCCGCCGCCGUCUCCAAGACCGCGGUCGCCCCCAUCGAGAGGGUCAAGCUGCUGCUGCAGGUCCAGCAUGCCAGCAAACAGAUCAGCGCCGAGCAGCAAUACAAGGGGAUCAUGGAUUGCGUGGUGAGGAUCCCCAAGGAGCAGGGCUUCCUCUCCUUCUGGCGGGGCAACCUGGCCAACGUGAUCCGCUACUUCCCCACGCAAGCGCUCAACUUCGCCUUCAAGGACAAGUACAAGCAGAUCUUCCUGGGCGGCGUGGACCGCCACAAGCAGUUCUGGCGCUACUUCGCCGGCAACCUGGCGUCCGGCGGGGCGGCCGGGGCCACCUCCCUCUGCUUCGUCUACCCGCUGGACUUCGCCAGGACCCGGCUGGCCGCCGACGUGGGCAAGGGGAGCGCCCAGCGGGAGUUCAGCGGCCUGGGCGACUGUCUCACCAAGAUCUUCAAGUCCGAUGGCCUCGGGGGCCUCUAUCAGGGCUUCAGCGUCUCUGUCCAGGGCAUCAUCAUCUACAGAGCCGCCUACUUCGGAGUCUAUGAUACCGCCAAGGGGAUGCUGCCGGACCCCAAGAACGUGCACAUCUUUGUCAGCUGGAUGAUCGCCCAGUCGGUGACGGCGGUGGCGGGGCUGGUGUCCUACCCCUUUGACACGGUCCGCCGUAGGAUGAUGAUGCAGUCUGGCCGGAAGGGGGCUGACAUCAUGUACACGGGGACACUGGACUGCUGGAGGAAGAUUGCCAAAGACGAGGGAGCCAAGGCUUUCUUCAAAGGUGCCUGGUCCAAUGUACUGAGAGGCAUGGGCGGUGCCUUCGUGUUGGUGUUGUAUGAUGAGAUCAAGAAAAUUGUCUAA